UGUCUUUAUUUUUUGAAAUAAUUAAUAAUAAAGUAGGCCAUCAAUUCUUGAUUGUGAAAUAGGUAUGGUGCUUGGUUUGGGAUGGGAGUGAGGUUUGGAUGCAGACUUUGAAGAAAACCAAAAUCAUAAAAACACUACCUUUACUUUCUGCCUUCAUCAUCGGCCACCCACCAACUACAAGCUUAUAGCUCCAUUCCUACAAACUUUUUCCCUUUUCUCUUCUCUCUGCCAUAACAUACCAUAUUCAGACAAACUUCUUUUUUCCUCCUUUGUGUUUCUGCCAUAAGAGAAAUCAAACCCAAAAGUACAUCAACAACAACAAUCAUUAUGGGGGGUGGAGGAGAUGCAACUGGGGUGAUGAGAGGUCCCAAUGAAGAAGAUGAUGCUGUUGGAAAGAAUGAAGAUGAAAAGUGGCCACCUUGGCUUAGGCCACUUCUCCAAACAAGUUUCUUUGUUCAAUGCAAAGUCCACGCAGAUUCCCACAAAACUGAGUGUAACAUGUAUUGUUUGGACUGUAACAAUGGAGCCCUUUGCUCUGUCUGUCUUGCUUCUCACAGAGAACAUAGAGCUAUUCAGAUAAGGAGAUCUUCAUACCAUGAUGUGAUAAGGGUGUCAGAGAUUCAAAAAUUUGUGGACAUAACAGGUGUUCAAAAUUACAUUAUAAACAGUGCCAAGAUUGUGUUCUUGAAUGAAAGGCCUCAGCCUAGGCCUAGCAAAGGAGUCACCAACACCUGCAAAGUAUGUGAGCGCAGCCUUCUUGAUUCAUUCAGCUUCUGUUCUCUUGGUUGUAAGAUGGUUGGAACCUCCAAGAAGUUCCGGAAGAAGAAAAUGUUAGCUGAGACAGAUGGGUCUGAUGGCGAAGAAUCAAUCAAUGGCAUGAGCAAUGAAAGUGUAAGAAUCAAAAUCCUGAGCUUCACAGCAUCAACACCACCACCAACGGUGGUAAAUCACAGAACUGCUAAGAGGAGAAAGGGUGUCCCACAUAGAUCUCCAAUGGGGGGUACCCUUAUCAUAAAAUACUACUAAUGGUAGGUUGAUGGUUUCAGGUGACUUACCAAACAAUAGUUAUACUCUUCACAACAUUAUUUAACAACAUUUUAACAUCAUUUACGUGUUAUCAUGUGAUUGAUACAUAUUGAUGUUUAUUAUUGUUAUUAAUUAUAAAAUAAUUUUAAAUCAAUCACAUAAUAAUGACACGUAAAUAAUGUCACAAUGUUGAAAAAAAAAAAAUUAUGAAGAUGUCAUUAUCUUCCCCUUAAAGAUGCAACACUGCUUUAUGGCAUCCUCGGACAAUGUAUCAUACCUUAAUAAAGUUACAACACCUGAGCCACUGUUCCCUGAGGCCGGUCUUGGAACUGUAUCACUAUCUUGUAUAGUGCAAAAUAUAGGAGGAAAACAAUGUAUAGAAAAUAUC